GCCCACUGCACUUCACAACCAACCAGAAAACUGCAAGGAAGGGAAAUCGUUUGGAGCUGGAAGAGAAGAAGAAGGAGAAGAGACAGAAGGAGAAGAAGAAGAGGAAGCAGCAGCAUCACUACAGAUUUCUGUGUCUGACCCUUAACCUUAUGGACUAGAGUCCUCCUCAGGUGCAUCUUCAGUUUGGGAUCCUUUUUUCUGGUUGUUUUUCUCAUAAAGAUGCAGGCACAGCUGGUGUGUAUCCUUCUCCUCUGUUUCACAUGUGUUGGACUUUGCACAGACGUCAACCAGGAUCAGCGAGCGCUAGAAGAGGAGCUACUCAGCGGUCUCUUCACUUCUAAGAUGAAACAGAAUAAGCAGAGUGCCCCCUACUGGCGUGUGUCACUGGCCAACCUGUGCAGGAUGGUGGGCAGCCUGAGGCAGGAGGGGUGGAGUGGCGAGGAGCAGGAGGACGGUGAGCUGAGGGAGGGGAGCCUCCAGCUGCUGGAGGAGCUGUACAACCUGCAGCACAUCUGCAGAGUGCUGCAGAGCCGGGAGGAGAGGCUACUCAGUGACUCUCUAGAAUAUUUAGAGGAGAACAGUGACAAUCCACUGAAACGAAAAUCACCCUACAUCCUGAAGAGGCAAGCAGCUCACACCACCAAGUCCCGAAGGCCGUACAUCUUAAAACGAAAUAUAAUUUACUGACGACCAUCCCAGAGGCCGAGGUGAUGUUCUACGGGACCAGACCAUAUACUUUCUGUGAAGAUGUGAUCGUGUUUUUUUUUCUCUCUUCUUGUAGCUGCAAUGUUUUUUUCUUUUCCCGUUGUCGUUUUUAUCCAGUCAGACCCUUCGACCCCUGUGUGUCCAGCAUUCAGACCUGGCUGUAUUCUGCUCCUCUCAAGUGUGGGUCCUGAAAAUAAAAUCCUGAGCAUCAAGCAAAGUGUGUAUCUUUGAGAAACUAUAUUUAUUUACUCUAUUUCUUCAC